GUUUAUUUCAGGUUGUGUCCGUGUGAUGUCUCUGGCCUCUCUCCCUGCACUCCCCCUGCGCUGUGAUUUUAUAAUGAUUUUGUUGAUGUGUGUGUGAUGCCAGCCGCCCCUAGUGCAUGCCCAGAGUGACCCAGGGGACUUCCCCGUGUCACGGCUGGGCACGGCGCCCCCGAGGCGCGUGUGUGCGGGUGGACGAGAGGCAAGGAGUCCCUGUACAGUGGCCCAAGCCCGGGGAGCGGGCUGCGCUGAUUUGUGGCUGUUUGUUCACAUGUGUCCACGGGGAGAUGAAGCACGUUGGAUUCGGCAUAAUUUGGCUUUGGAUGGCAAUCUUCCUCCUCCUUCCUUUUUCUGCUUCCGUGGCAGUCACUGACAAAACAGUUGCAGUGUGUCCUAUGAUGAGUGCAGACAGACAUCAGUUUACACAAAUCCACAGAGAAGCUCUUGAUGUUUUUGGUUUUGAUCUAGCAGAAAGCUUUUCUCUAAAACAGGCAUCAUGUGGAGGUGAAAACACCUGUUUUAAACUGGGAAGUACACCUCUUAUCAGAGACACUAAGCAAAUGUUUCCAAAUGGGCUUCCUGAAGAAUACUAUUUAAGAGCCACAUUCCGUGUAAGACGAAACACAAAAAAAGAGCGGUGGUAUAUAUGGCAAAUUUUAAAUCAGCACAACACCCCAGAGGUUUCUGUCCUAGUUGAUGGUACAAAGAAAGUUGUGGAGUAUAUGACCAAAUCUGCUCAGGGAAAUAUACUUCAUUACAUUUUUAAGAGUCGUGAAAUCCAUCCUCUGUUUGAUCGACAGUGGCAUAAGCUUAGCAUCAGUGUACAGUCAAGGUUUAUUUCCCUGUAUCUGGAUUGUAACUUAAUUGCAAGAAGACAGACAGAUGAGAAGAAAACUGUUGACUUACAAGGAAAGACUCUUAUUGCUGCUCGCGCUGCAGAUGAAAAGCCUGUAGAUAUUGAACUUCGCCACUUAUCAAUUUAUUGUAAUCCAAAAUUUGCAGCUCAAGAUACCUGUUGUGACAUAUCUGAAAGCUUGUGUCCAAUGGAGGACAGGCUAAUUACUACCACUUCAUCACCACUGACUGUUCAUGCCAGCAAAAUACACAUGCUUCCAAUAACACAACAAGAACCUAGAGACAGAUGCUUCUGCUUUCCAAGCAAAGGAGAAGCAGGAUUGCCAGGUGUAGCUGGUUUGCCAGGUCAGAAAGGAGAAAAAGGAGAAAAGGGUGACUUGGGUGUCAGAGGAGAAAAUGGAGCUUCUGGACCUCCUGGGAAAAAGGGGGAAGCUGGCCCGAUAGGUGCUCCUGGCCUACCUGGUUUUACUGGUUCCAAGGGGGAACGUGGUCUUGAUGGUAAUAAAGGAGAGCAAGGUGAAAAGGGUGGAAAAGGGGAUAAAGGAGAACCAGGACAAGAAGGCAUUCAUGGAAAAGAUGGUUUAAAAGGUGAUCCUGGUAAUCCUGGUAUGGCUGGCCCUAAAGGAGAAAAGGGAGAUUCAGGGCUACCAGGACUGGCUGCCGUAAAUGAAGCUGAUGAAGUAAAGCUGUUCACCACUGCCAGUUCCUCUGCUCAGGAUAAUGCAAAUAUCAUGAUGGAAAAUAAGAUAAAGGGUUUGCCAGGGCCUGAAGGUCCCCAAGGUCCACCUGGGAAAGAGGGUCAGAAGGGAAGACGAGGCAAACCAGGACUUGCUGGUAAACCAGGCCCACCAGGACCUCCUGGUCCUCCUGGGUUACCUGGAAUUCCAGAUGCCUUGAACAGCCAUUAUGAGGGUGACUCACGACAACUAGGAUUACCUGGGGCUGUUGGACUUAAAGGACAAAAGGGAGAAAUUGGCCAGAAAGGAGAAAUAGGCUUAACUGGUACAAAAGGAGAAAAGGGGGAGCUCCCGGAAAAAGGAGAAAAGGGAGAUCCAGGUGAAAUAGGAGAUCCCGGUCCACCUGGCCUCAUUGGAAGUCCUGGCCCAGAGGGACCCCAGGGACCUCCAGGACCUAUUGGACCCCGAGGACUUCCAGGAGACGUUGGUUUACCAGGAGAGCAUGGGUUACCAGGAAAACCAGGAAUUAAAGGAGAAAAGGGAGAUUCUGGUGGCAUUAUAGGACCCCCUGGACAUCCAGGUCCAAAAGGCGACACAGGACCCCCCGGACUGAGCCUGCGUGGGAAUCCAGGUCCAGCUGGCACUCCUGGAAAUCCAGGUCCACGUGGGCCUAAGGGUGAAAGAGGACUACCUGGUGUGCAAGGAACCCCUGGAGAGGUGGGGCCACCUGGAGUAGGAACUGAAGGACCCCCAGGUCCUAAGGGUCCAGCGGGAGAAGCAGGCUUCCAGGGCCCUAGAGGACCACCUGGGUUACCAGGAACUCCAGGUACCCCAGGUACUGAUGGUACUCCAGGACGAGAUGGGAAGCCAGGACUGCCAGGCCCUCCAGGUGAUCCAAUUGCACUUCCACUUGUGGGAGACAUGGGUGCUUUAUUGAAGGGUGAUCCUGGACCACGAGGUCCUCCAGGUAUACCUGGUAGAGAAGGGCCAAAGGGAACCAAAGGUGAGCGUGGAUUUCCUGGAAUUUCUGGAGAGAAAGGUGAAGAGGGCCUUCAAGGUGUUCCAGGAACCCCUGGUGUCCCAGGACCCAGUGGACCUUCAGGAACAGUAGGAAGACCUGGACAUCCUGGCCCAGCAGGACCAAAAGGUGAAAAGGGUAAUGAAGGGUCUCCUGGAAAGCCUGGACCACCAGGGCCUCCGGGCAUUCCUCACAAUGAAAGAAAUGGAAUGGGCGGUUUAUAUAAGCUACAGGGAGGCAUGAGUGCUGCUAGUUAUCCUGGCCCACCUGGCCCUCCUGGUCCAAAAGGUGAUCCUGGCACGAUGGGAGAUCCCGGUCCAAUGGGGCUACCAGGUCUAGAAGGACUCCCAGGGGAAAAGGGUGACCGGGGACCAGCUGGUGCACCAGGAGUAUCAGGGAUACAAGGAAAGCCUGGAUCCCCAGGGCCUCCUGGGAUACCAGGGGAACCAGGUGAAAGAGGCCCUGUGGGAGACAUCGGAUUUCCUGGGCCAGAAGGGCCUCCUGGAAAACCAGGAAUCAAUGGAAAGGAUGGAUUUCCAGGUCCUCCGGGUCCACUUGGAAGACCUGGAGACAGAGGUGCCAAAGGAGAAAGAGGAGAUCAAGGUAUUCCAGGGGACCGAGGUCCACAAGGUGAAAGAGGAAAACCUGGACCUACAGGAGAAAAGGGGAUUGCAGGACCUACCGGACCACCAGGAGACAGAGGCUACCCAGGAUCACCAGGUUAUCAAGGCCCUCCUGGUUCACCAGGUCUUCCAGGCCUUCCGGCUAAUGCAGUUUCAUUUGAAGAAAUAAAAAAAUAUAUCAAACAAGAGGUUCUUAGAGUUUUUGAAGAGAGGAUGGCUCAGUUUCUAUCUCAGCUCAAACUGCCAGCUGCGAUGCUAGCUUCCCAAGCUCAUGGAAAGCCGGGUCCACCAGGAAAGGAUGGGCUACCAGGACCACCAGGAGAGCCUGGGCCUCAAGGCUACCGAGGACAAAAGGGAGAAAGAGGUGAGCCUGGAAUUGGACUCCCGGGUAAUCCUGGUCCCCCCGGCCCUUCAGCCAUCAGUCUGCCAGGCCCACCAGGACUUCCUGGAGUUCCAGGUCCACAGGGGCCUCCAGGGCCUGUCGGAAGGUGCAACCCAGCAGAUUGUUUCUACCACGUAUCUCAGGCUCGACCACGUGCCAGUAGGAAAUAAACACCUCAUUCAGAGAC